CGUCAUCAUCCAGCGUCAGCUUGAAAGAAGCGGCUCGUGGAGUUUGCAGGAAACUUCAGGUUGCUGAAUCAUUUUGAUUUCUGAUACGGGGAUGGACUCUCUGUAUGGGCCUGUCGCUUUGGGUGUACUGGCAGGUGUAGGCUGUGGGCUCUGCCUCGGAUGGCACCUCAGUGGGCGUCUUGGCAGAUCAUCCCGCAACAUGAUGGCAGCUUUAGGAAACAGCGCCAGUGCUGGCAGUGAGGCCAGUGUGAUGGGCGAUAGCGGAGAGUUCAAAAUGAUCCUGGUGGUCCGAACCGAUCUAAAGAUGGGCAAAGGUAAAGUGGCAGCCCAAUGCUCCCACGCCGCUGUGUCGGCCUACAAGCAGGUCCAGCGCAGAAACCCCGAGCUCCUGAAACAGUGGGAGUACUGUGGUCAGCCCAAAGUGGUGGUCAAGGCUCCAGACGAGGACUGUCUGCUGGAGCUGCUGUCCCAUGCCAAAGAGGUCGGACUGCCGGUCAGUUUAAUCCAAGAUGCUGGAAGAACCCAAAUUGCACCAGGGUCUCGGACGGUUCUUGGCGUGGGACCGGGGCCAGCCGAUCUUAUUGAUAAAGUGACUGGACACCUCAAAUUGUAUUAAAUAACACUAUUGGAUUAAGAUGGGACUAAAUUCUUGUCAUUUGUAUGCAACUAGAAAGAGUGGUUAAGAUUAAUUAAAAGUGUUAAAAUGACACAUUGAUUUAUAUUGAUUUUAAGUAAACACCCUUUCCAUUAUUGAA